ACAACAGCAUACUAUUCUGCAACCGUUUUCUUUUCCUUUUCUUUUCUCACGAAAUCUGAUCUCAAUUGUAUUCCUUCGCUGUCCAUCACCUUGCGGCCGCUACACAAUAUCAAACACCCCUGCGGUCUCCUCACUUGUUUUACAUGUUCAUUUGCUCGAUACUAACAGCCUUUCAAAUCCUCAUCAGACUAGCCAUGGGCGACCCAAAUGCCGAACGUACUUUCAUCAUGAUCAAGCCCGAUGGUGUUCAGCGUGGACUUGUUAACAAGAUCAUCAAACGUUUCGAGACCAAGGGAUUCAAACUGGUCGCUAUGAAAUUCGUCUGGCCUUCUGAAGAAUUGUUGAAGAAGCACUAUGCUGAUCUUUCCAGCAAAGCAUUCUUCCCCGGUCUUAUUAAGUACAUGUCAUCUGGACCUGUCGUCCCCAUGGUAUGGGAAGGAUUAGAUGCUGUGAAAACUGGACGUGUCAUUCUUGGUGCUACUGACCCAAAAAACUCAAACCCUGGAACAAUUAGAGGAGAUUUAUGUAUCCAAGUUGGCCGUAAUAUUAUUCAUGGAUCGGAUGCUGUAGAAUCUGCCAACAAAGAAAUUGCAUUGUGGUUCACUGAAAAAGAAGUGGUCCCAUGGACAAAGGCUAUUGACUCUUGGGUCUAUGAAUAAAUAUAAUAAACACGGUAUUAAUAUUUAAGUAACAUGCGAGCUUAAAUAAAACCUAAUUUAGGGUUUGUACUUGUAAUUCAUCAUUUUAAUAAAUACAUUGAUAUAAAAUAA